CGGGCAGUCGGACCGGCGGGAAGAGGCGGCUGCUCGGACAGGAUGGCGGUGGCUGCGGUGGGCUCGGGCCCCGGUGCCGGGGGCCCGGCUGCAGCGAGCGGCGGUGGCGGGGCGCGCGAGGGCGCGCGGGUGGCGGCGCUGUGCCUGUUGUGGUACGCGCUGAGCGCGGGCGGCAACGUGGUCAACAAGGUGAUUCUGAGCGCCUUCCCGUUCCCGGUGACCGUGUCGCUGUGCCACAUCCUGGCGCUGUGCGCGGGGCUCCCGCCGCUGCUGCGCGCCUGGCGCGUGCCCCCCGCGCCGCCCGUCUCAGGCCCCGGGCCCAGUCCGCAUCCGUCUCCCGGCCCGCUCCUGCCGCCGCGCUUCUACCCGCGCUACGUGCUGCCGCUUGCUUUCGGCAAGUACUUCGCAUCUGUAUCAGCGCAUGUCAGCAUCUGGAAGGUGCCCGUGUCCUAUGCACACACCGUCAAGGCCACCAUGCCCAUCUGGGUGGUCCUCCUGUCCCGGAUCAUUAUGAAGGAGAAGCAGAGCACCAAGGUGUACCUGUCACUCAUCCCCAUCAUCAGUGGUGUCCUGCUGGCCACCGUCACCGAGUUGUCUUUCGACAUGUGGGGGCUCGUCAGUGCCCUUGCCGCCACGCUGUGCUUCUCGCUUCAGAACAUUUUCUCCAAAAAGGUCUUGAGAGAUUCACGGAUCCACCAUCUCCGGCUACUCAACAUCCUGGGCUGCCAUGCCGUCUUCUUUAUGAUCCCCACCUGGGUUCUGGUGGACCUCUCAGCUUUCCUGGUCAGCAGCGACUUGACCUAUGUCUCCCAGUGGCCCUGGACGCUUCUGCUCCUCGCUGUCAGUGGCUUCUGUAACUUUGCCCAGAACGUCAUUGCCUUCAGCAUCCUCAACCUCAUCAGCCCCCUGAGCUACUCAGUCGCCAAUGCCACCAAGAGAAUCAUGGUCAUCACGGUGUCCCUGAUCAUGCUGCGCAACCCAGUCACCAGCACCAACGUCCUGGGCAUGAUGACCGCCAUCCUGGGGGUCUUCCUCUACAACAAGACCAAGUACGAUGCAAACCAGCAAGCCAGGAAGCACCUCCUCCCCGUCACCACAUCCGACCUGAGCAGCAAGGAGCGCCACCGGAGCCCAGUGGAGAAGCCUCACAACGGCCUCCUCUUCCCCCAGCACGGGGACUAUCAGUACGGCCGCAGCAGCAUCCUCACAGACCACUUCCAGUACAGCCGGCAGAGCUACCCAAACUCAUACAGUUUGAACCGCUAUGAUGUGUAGAGUCCCGAGGGCAGGACCAGACUGUUCUGUGACUCCUUCCCCUGCCCCCACAGCAGUAUCAGAAACUUCUGACAAUCAGUGAAUGUACAACCCAGCCCCCAGCCGAGGGGACGGUGCAUAACUCUGCAUCAGAAGCUCGUAGGCUCCAGGCAAACCUAAACAGAGACUGGUGUCUCGUGCUCUUUCUUCCUGGAGUCUGUCAUCUGAGGACUGUAUCCCUGCAGAGAUCUUGGCCACAUUGUACCUUUCCAUGUGGAAUUAUUCCAGAUAACACCCAGGACCCUGUCUGGAAAGCCAGGAUCGCUGUGGCUGCAGACCAUGAGCUGGCAGUGGGAGUAUCCAGGACAGUGCUUGAGAACGUCAGACUGUCCACUUUAAUUCCCUGGCUCAGAUAUGCCCAGAACCAACAGGGUCACUGAGCAGACAAGGAGCCUGGGAGAAUCAUUCAGAACAUCCGCAGCCACAGAGAUGGAUCCGGUUUCCUGGUCAUCCUCUUAACGGUUCGCAAGUUCCUGGCAACGUUCCAAAGCAAAAAGCGGUUGCAAUUGGCAUCCAAUUCCUGCAACGUGGUGCUCUGCCCUGCACGUCAGAGUUGGCGUCCACCCAGAUCUAGAGGGAAAGGAGACUGCUCUCUGCCUCGUCCUCCCUCGCCAGAGCAGGGCACUUCUCUUAGGGUAUCGAGAAGGAUCUUCAGAAAAUUAUGUUCGGUGUUUCAAGCUUUAUUUCCGUGGCACUUGUCUUUUCAGAGGAGUCCUCACCGCUUCUCUGAUGACUUGAUAGGUUGUUUGGGAGGGAGAUCUUGGUUUUCUGAAGAUCCUGCAUUUUUUUAGGGAAGAUUUUGUAGUUGUGUGUGUGGUUUUUUUGCCUUGGUCCCCAUUACGGGAUGCGUUAGGACUGGCUUAUGGAUUGAAAACCGUUUUGGUUCUAAAGGUUUCAAAACAAAAGUUCCCACUGGUGAUGCCUGGGUGACACAUGUUGGUACUUAGUAGGAAAUAAUGAAGUGUUUAAAAGCUUUGAGAGAAGCUUCAAAAUGGACACGAUUGCUGAAAACAGUAAAUCAUGAACAUGAUCUCAAUAUUUUGCGUAAUAGGCAAGACCACAGCAUUUUGACCUGUUUUUAUGUUAGGAUCUGAAUCAUGUUCUGGUCAGGGGAGAAGGAGCGAACACCACACUAAGAUUUGGUUUGCCAAAUCAGAUUCUUUGGUCAAGAGUCAGUCUGGGGCCAGGUGCGGUGGCUCACGUCUAUCAUCUCAGCACUGUGGGAGGCUGAGAUGGGCCAUCACUAGAGUUUGAGACCAACCUGGCCAAUGUGGUGAAGUCCUAUCUCUACUAAAAAGAUGCAAAAAUUAGCCAGGUAUGGUGGCACAUGCCUGUAAUCCCACCUACUUGGGAGGCUGAGGCGGGAGAAUCACUUGAGCCCAGGAGGUGGAGGUUUCAGUGUACCAAGAUUACGGCACUGCUCUCCAGCCUUGGCGACAGCCAAGUACCACCCCGCCCGGCUAAUUCUGUCUCAAAAAAAAAAAAAAAAAAAGAAUCAGUUUGGGUUU